AUGCCUCAUGCCACAAAAAGUGCGGCCUCAGAGGCCCCGGAGGAUGCCGAGUUCGAUAAUGUGAUGCGCCAGCUGAACAACUACGAAGGUGGCCCACAGUUUGACUUCCUUACGCGAGACCUGGAUGUUGGCGAGAAGGCAGACGAUGCCGUUGAUUAUGAAGAUUUCGACGAUGAUGAUCUCCCCGAAGAAGAGGAAGUCGCAGCUCCGCCGCAUUUUGCGGACAACGAUGCGACCCAUGACGACCCUUUCGCAACCCUUGAGGGAGAUGAUGGCGGGCUUUUUGGGACCGGAGACGACAUUUUUGGGGGUGCAGAUGAUGGCGCGCAAACACAGGAAGACAACCUCGAUGAUCUCUUCGGCGAAGAGCCGAUGUCCCCUCCACCUGCUGGCCAGAUGGAUCAUACGCAGGGUCUCUUCGAAGAUGAAGAGCCAUCCCUGACAAACCAACCUGUCGAGUUACCUCCCAUUCCCCCCGCACCCGAACCACAAGAUCAAAAUAUGGAGGUAGACGAUGAUGAGCUCCUGGAUAAUGAGAGUGUUAUAUCGGAAGAAAUGGAUGAAAGCACCCUUCGUGCUUGGAAACUCCAGCAGCAGUUGUUUGCGAUGUCAGGCAAAAAUGACCCUGAGCAUCCGCCUGCACCGCCAGAGAAUCAUGAGGAGCUUCUUCAUUCGUUAUUCCCUGGUUUUGACCGCGAUACACUUCCUCGUUGGCUGGAGCUCAUUCCGCACAAGAAAGCGUUUUACCUUGGCAAGCAACCUCUCAAGGUCCCGAAGCCAGUUCUCCCAACAAAAGUUAACAUCGAGCUUGCCCCAGACCAGGAGCGUGUCUUCAGAACUGGCCAACCAAAUAAAAGGGGCCUUGACCAAGAUGCAUUAGGGAUUGUGCUGAUAACAGAAGCCGUCCAAGACAACGAAGAUGCAAAAGAGGACUUCGAUCUCGGCGAUGUGGAAAUGGAUGAGAUUCUUCCAGGGGGUUUCAGCAUGCAGGACCUGCGAACUAUUUGCGCCGAUUGGGAUGUCAAAGAUGAGGAUUUUUCCACCUUGGAGGAACCAGCCCCACCUGCAUCGAAGGAGACUGAUAGCUUUGAGGAAGAUGAGCCGGAUUGGUUAAUUGACGCGAACCAUCCAUCCAAGAAGCGAAAGACUGGACCAACUUCCAUGGAUGUGAUUGCUCUUUCACACCUGGACAUCCCUCUUUUGGACGACCCCGAACAGGCCGUAGCUCAAAUUGCGAAGAAAGUCACAAUCGAUUUGAAUGAUCCUAACAUCUUGGUUGAGGAGUUGAGGCCAGAAGCUGCAAUUCUGAAGCCAAAACAGACCGCCCCUCGAACCAGGGAAGAAGUCGAUGUGAAUCUAACGCGCCGUAUAACUCAGCGAUACAACAUCUCAAACGACCAAGCUUACGACAUGUUGAAGCAGAAUCAUCAAAACAAGAUUCGAAGCACUCUUGGAAAUGUCUCACUCGAGCACGCUUUACCAGCUUUGCGCUUGCAGUGGCCAUACUAUAAGACCGAGCUGCAGAAGACCGAAGCAAGAUCUUUCCACCGGCCCGCUAUGCAUUUCCGAGUAGGUCAAACUAGCUGGUUCAAGAACACGGUGCAUUUCAAGCGCAAGCAUCAAAAAGGCAAGGAUGCCAAGGCUCUUUACAAUUCAACCAAGGCACUAUCAAUGGGCGAUAACUCCAGUGUGCUAUUGGUGGAAUACUCUGAAGAGGCCCCCUUUUCUCUCUCUAAUUUUGGCAUGUGCAAUCGGUUUAUCAACUAUUAUCGAAGAAAAGGCCAAGACGAUGCCAAUCGUCCCAAAUGCGAGCUUGGCGAAACAGCUGUCUUAUUGCCGCAAGACAAAAGUCCGUUCUCUAUCUUUGGACAUGUCGACCCUGGAGAGACUACCCCCGCAAUUUCAAAUUCAAUGUACAGAGCUCCACUGUUUCCGCACCAAACCAAACCAACGGACUUCCUAGUCAUUCGCAGCACUACUGGGUCUGGGGGCAUGAAUUAUUUCCUGCGUAACAUCGAAAAUUUCUUUGUGGCUGGACAGCAAUUCCCCUCUGUCGACAUUCCUGGGCCACACUCGCGCAAGGUUACUACCGUCGCAAAAAAUCGCAUGAAAAUGCUCGUUUAUCGGCUUCUCAAGAAGAGCCCCGACGAGCGGCUCUCAAUCAGUGAUGUCACGGCUCACAUUCCUGGCACCACUGACAUGCAGAAUCGACAGAAGGUCAAAGACUUUCUUCAGCACGACAAAGACACCAAAUAUUGGAAGCCUCUAGACCCAGUCCUGCCAGAUCAAGACACGAUUCGAUCGUGGGUUCAGCCUGAAGAUGUCUGUCUGCUAGAGUCGAUGCAAGUCGGUCAACAACAUCUUCAUGAUACUGGUUUCGGAAACGAUGCUGAAAAUAGCAAUGAGAAUGAUGAAGAUGAGGAGAGCGAGAGCUUUGAGCAGCAGAUGGCUCCUUGGAAGGCCACUCGCAAUUUCUUGCUUGCUUCACAGGGCAAAGCUAUGCUAAAGCUCCAUGGCGAGGGUGACCCAACUGGUCGUGGUGAAGGUUUCAACUUCAUCAAGACAUCCAUGAAGGGCGGAUUCAAAGCCAUUGGUGAGAGUGUAGAAGACAAGCUGGAUGCACAGCGCCUCAAGGAGCUCGGCGGUCAUAGUUACAAUGUGGCGCGUCAGCAAAAAUCGUACGAAACUUCCAUUCGCCGGAUCUGGGAUGCCCAGAAAGCAAGCUUGUCCUCUACUGUCGAGCACUCCGAUGAAGAGAGUGAUAUGGAUCAACCCGACGAAGAUGAACUCAGCAAGCCAACGCCACGUUCUGAAGCGCCGACUCCCGGUCCGAACCGCAGCCGAUACGAUGAUGAGACCACCAGUCAAUUCAGCAGAAUGAGCUUUACCAGCCAAAAGGGCAAAGUUUUACGCAUCACCCGUCAGUUCAAGGCGCCCAAUGGGGAGAUUUUGGAAAAAGAGCAACUCGUUUGGGAUCCACGGGUCAUUCGACACUAUAUUCAGCACCGCCAUCGUACGGAGGCUCUCACUACCAAGCUUGAAUCUCUGCAGCCUACAGGCGAUCCCGAGGUCGACGCUCGCAACCGCAAGUUGCUGGAAGCUGAACUUAUCCGCCUUAAUCGGAACAAAGAACGCCGCUUUGCUCGUGAGAAGCAGAAGGGUAUUGCUCGUUCAGGGGAUUCUCCUGCUGAUGGAAAGCCUACGGGUACCCAGCGCAAAUGUGCAAAUUGCGGUCAGGUUGGACAUAUCAAGACAAACAAAAAGCUUUGUCCGUUGCUCAAUGGUACUAUGAAGCCCGAGGAUCGUGUUACCGAUUCGGCUUUCUCCAUGAGUGCCCCUGUCCUCUAA